UAAAUCUAGGGAUUUUUAUUUCCAAACAAUCAAACAUAACGUCUAAAAGGCGUGGCUGUCAUCAAUUUUAUCACAACCCAAACAAAAACAUGUUUAAUCUGGUUUUAUCGACGAUUUUAAUCUUAUCUUCACCAGUAUGGUCACAAAGAUCCCCUACGAUAUCAUAUAUAUCCCAAGAAGUAAUCGUGGAUAUAGGGGGAACGGCUCAAAUGCAAUGUUCAGUACAAUAUGUGCAUGAAUACCCGGUGGUUUGGAUGAAAUUAGAUCAAAAUGGAGGAGGUCAAGGAGUUCCAAUUUCAACGGGGGCGACCCUAAUCGUUCAUGAUUCACGAUUUUCUCUCAGGCAUGAUCAAGGAAGCUCAACCUAUACGUUACAAAUUAAAGAUAUUCAAGAAACUGAUGCUGCUGUUUACCAGUGCCAAGUUAUUAUAUCUGUUAAUAACAAGAUUUCAGCGCCUGUUUCGUUAUCGGUGAGAAGGCCCCCGGUUAUUAGCGAUAACUCAACUCGAUCGGUGAUUGUUUCUGAAGGACAAUCUGUGGAAUUAAAUUGUUACGCAUCCGGCUACCCAACCCCAAAAAUCUCUUGGCGUCGCGAAAACAACGCAAUCCUCCCCACGGGUGGUUCAAUUUACCGCGGAAACGUGUUAAAAAUUAAGCGCGUCCGAAAAGAAGAUCGAGGCACUUAUUAUUGCGUCGCCGAAAACCUCGUUGGCAAAGGAACCCGUCGCAACAUGAACGUCGAAGUUGAAUUUCCCCCCGUCGUUACCGUCCCAAGACCCCGCGUUGGUCAAGCCUUGCAAUACGACAUGGAUAUGGAGUGUCACAUCGAAGCGUAUCCGCUCCCAUCGAUUAUUUGGUUAAAAGACGGUGUUGCAUUAUCAUCGAAUCAACAUUAUAGUGUUUCAACUUUUGGUGCAGCUGAGGAAUUCACCGAUAGUACGCUUCGUGUCAUUACCAUUGAGAAGAAACAAUAUGGAAAGUACGUUUGUAAGGCGACGAAUAAGUUGGGGAGAUCCGAAGCGGAAGUUGAUUUAUUUGAAUCGAUAGUGCCUAUUUGUCCACCUGCUUGUGGGCAAUCUUACACUGGAAAUGCGAUCUCUUUGUCUGCCUCGACCGUCUUAAUAUUAUGUUUGGUUGUAUUUUUAAGGUUUUAAUUAGGAAUGAUUAACUCGAAUUCUGUAAUAUUGGCUAAUAUUGAAUGAAUUAUUUCAAUCUCAUUACACAUCUUACUCGUAAUAGUUUUAGUAUUUAACUGAAUGUAUUUAUUUUGACAACAAGGCUGCUGUUUUGUUGUGAAAAAAUGUUUUUUUUUAUUGUUGUAUAUAACCGAGUCCAUAUUUCGAAUUUAAUAUCUUCCUGAUGUUUUUAUUUUAUUUUAUUUUUUUGAAUUGAUUUAAAAGUGGACUAAUAACAAUAACAAUAUUAUUAAUACAAUAGAAUUUAGGGAUGAUGAAUUUAUUGGAACAAACAACGUGUAGUAUUUUUUUAUUGCAGGCACUAACGAUAUUAUUAAAGAUAGUAUUUUUCACGCACGUCUAUUUGUAAAUAAAUUCGAUCGAUAUUAUUUUAAAUAUUGUAAGGAUUUUUGUACUUUGUAAUUUUGUACAAAUAAAGAAUACGUUUUAAUAAAAAAAAUAGAGUCCAAUGUGGAACUAACUAAA